AUGCCCUCCUUGGAAUCACUGCAUAUCGGGUAUCGUGAACGUGAACUUCAAGCGUUGGGAGCUCCCUCUACCCCCCUAGUAGAACCGGUCACGAGAACCUCUCCCGUACCGCUACCUCAUCUUCGUGACUUCUUCUUCUCGGGCACUCCUACGCACUACACGUACAUAGUGCCCUCGCUCUCCAUCCCCGCAGUCGCUUCCAGGAACAUCGAGCUCUAUGAAGACUAUUGGUACGGCGCCGGGGAGGUGCCAGAGGGGUGGACACCACCGGGCUAUCCACCAUACAGUUAUGCUGUUAGCCCAAAAGUCCUCGUCACCCCCUCGCCCAGGCGCCGACUCGAAUCUAGCACAUUCGACGACGCAGUUGACCUAGAUGAACAUAGCAGGCCUGCACCUGUUCUCAGUAUCAGGUACAAUAUACCACCCGUCGACGACGACGCCCCCGUUGACGAAUUCGAAUACGAGAGGGAUAUCGUCCAUGCUAUGAUCCUUCCACUCAUCUCUACCAUAGCGCGCAUGUUCCCCACGGAUGCCGUCAAUCAUCUCCAUCUCAGCUCAAACGUCUCCAUCCUUCCUCAAACGGUAGAAUCCGACGACGACAGCGAUACCGACGAAAACAACGAGGAGUGGACUCCGCCCUUCUUGGAAUGGUCGGAGGUUCUCUCCCUUCACGUUGAGGGCAAGGGCAUGGCGGAAUGGCUCGUUCCGCAUGUUUCGAAAACGCGACAGCUGAUGUUUAGAGAGGGUCGAAAGUGGAGGAAGGAGACGUCCCCUGUGGUGUUCCCGAAGCUCCAAGAGUUGAUGCUAGACAAGAUUGAUAGGGCGUUUAGUCCGCAGAGCCUCAACGAGGGUUGCUAUGAUGAGAUCUGGUCGCACAGAUUGAAGGUUGAUGUUGUGGAGGUAAGAAAAUGCUGGGAGAGCGUACUUCAGGCCCGGGCGGCGUGCGCAGGAAAGAAACUGCAGAGGUUGGUCCUGGUUGGGGGCGAGGUAUGGGGGCAAUUAGAAUGGCGGAAAUGGUGUGCCGUGCUGAGGACCAGUGGAUGGAUCGAAAAUAACAAGGUCGAGUGGCAAUGCGAUAGUACUGCCGGGGACCCAGAGGAUCUCCUUUGCGACAGAACAUUUACACGAGAAGAGCUUGAUUUGAUGGAGGAGGGCUGGGAUUAUGAGUGGCAUCGAAGGAUUUGUGCGGGUUUAUGCCAUAGCUUCUGUGAUCGCUUCUUGUACACAUGA